CUCUCUAAUAAUGAUGAUUUGCUUCUUGACAGCAUAAAGUUUCAAAUGCUUGUGCAUAACUUAACAGAAUUAAGGUUUCUUAUCCUUGAUUUUGUGAAUGUCUCUGGUUGUGCCUUCUUCCUUGCUAAACUUGACUUCUUCCUUGGAGCAUUUGAGCCUUCGCUCUUGUAAUUUGCAAGGAAACUUUCCAAGCCAAGUUUUUCAGCUUCUAUCUCUCCAGCUUUUUGAUUUAAGCGACAACUCUCAUUUGGGAGGUAAUUUGCCUGAGUCAAGCCUGAGCAGUACCCUCGAGUAUCUGAAUCUUGAUAGUUGCCAAUUUUAUGGAUCAAUUCCAGAUGUUUUUGGAAAAAUGCAAAAGCUAACUUAUUUGAGCCUUUUUAAUAAUAGUUUUGAUGGUGAAAUUCCUACAUCAAUCUUCAACCUCGCCAGUCUUAGUUAUUUGAGACUGUCAUCAAAUAAGCUAAGAGGGCCUCUUCCUCGCAAUAUAAGUGGACUCUCAUUUUUACAAGAGUUUCAAAUGGAUAAUAAUUUCAUCAUAGGUCAUGUACCAUCUUGGUUGUUUUCUCUACCUUCUUUAUCCUAUUUAGAACUCCAAAACAAUAGACUUACCGGACCUAUUGAUCAUAUUGAGAUGCCUAAUCUCAUUUUACAAGGAGUGUAUUUGUCCAAUAAUGGGAUAAGUGGCUCAUUUCCUAGCUCUUUCUUUCGUCUUGUGAAUCUUAUCGCGGUCGACCUUUCUUCAAAUAAUUUAAGUGGCACCUUUACAGCCAACGUGCUUUCAAAACUUAUAAACCUUGAGGAUCUGGAUCUUUCCAAUAAUAGUUUGCUGUCUUUGAGCAAUAAUAGCAUUGGCGUCAACUAUUCAUUUCCAAACCUCCGGUAUUUAAGAUUCUCUUCUUGCAACAUACAAAAGUUCCCAAGUUUCUUAAGGAAGGCAGAGAGUUUGCUAGUAUUGGAUAUUUCCAAGAACAAGAUUUCUGGUCAAAUUCACAAAUGGGAAAUAGAAGGGAUGUCAUUGGCCAGUUUAAACCUUUCUUAUAACUUUUUGACCGGUAUAGAUUUGUUUGCUUUUGAAAAUCUUACCCAGGUUGACCUCAGUUCCAACUUACUACAAGGAUCACUUCCCAUUCUAUCAACAACUUCGGAUUUUAUGAAUCUCAUCAUUUCAGGGAAUAAUUUGACUGGCGAAAUCCCUUAUUCUUAUUGCAAUUUGACUUCUCUUAAUGUUCUAAUCUUAGCUAAUAAUAGUUUGGGAGGAAAAAUUCCAGAAUGUCUUGGAAACUUUAGUCAUCUCUCCAUCUUGGAUUUGCGGAUGAAUAAGUUUCAUGGUAUAAUACCAAAUUCUUUUGUCAACGAGAGUCAACUGAUAACUUUUAACCUAAAUGGCAACCAGUUAGAGGGGAUACUGCCACGGACUUUGGGCUAUUGCAGAUUUUUGCAAGUUCUUGAUGUGGGGAACAACUGCUUGUAUGACACCUUUCCACAUUGUUUAGGUGUUCUUUCAGGGCUAAAAGUUCUCAUCCUUCGAUCCAAUCGAUUUCAUGGUGCCAUUUACAACUCUACACCUGCAUUUUACUUCCCUGAGUUGAGAAUCAUUGAUGUCUCGCAUAAUGACUUCACGGGUCUCCUGCCGAGUAGCUAUUUCAAAAAUUUAACAGGUAUGAGAGAUGUACAUGAAGAGGAAAGUGAAUUGGUGUAUAUGGGUACCGGUUUUUCAACGGUUAGUUAUCCCUUUUACUAUGAUGAUUCUGUGAUGGUAAUACUGAAAGGUUCAUACGUGGAGCUGACGAGAAUCCCGAUGGCUUUCUCAACUAUUGAUUUCUCAAGUAAUAGAUUCCAUGGACACAUUCCUGAAGAGCUGGGAGAACUCAAGAUUCCUGAGGAGUUGACAAGUUUGACAUUCCUUUCAGUUCUGAACCUCUCACACAACAAACUUGAAGGUGACAUUCCUCACGGGAAGCAGUUCAAUACUUUCUCAAAUGAUUCCUACAUUGGAAACUCUGGGUUGUGUGGAUUCCCAUUGACAAAGAAAUGCCACAACGAGGAAGAACCAAGAGCACCUCCAUCAAAAUUUGAUGAAGAUGAUGACUCUGCAGUACUAUUUAAUUGGAAGUUUGCAGUGGCGGGUUAUGGAUGUGGGCUGGUGUUGGGACUUAGCCUCGGAUACAUCGUGUUCGUAACAGGAAAACCAUGGUGGGUGGUGAACAAGGUGGAAAAAUAUCAACAGAAAUUUGUCAGAAGGUGCACCCAUCGGCAUAAGAAGAGAAAAACCCAAAAACCCAACCAAAAACCCAACCAACGCUCUUAGGUGAGUUUCUACAGCCUCUUUUUAUUUGUGCUCCUUCUUCUAAGCAUAACAAUGGAUAGAAUAGUCGUAAUAAUUUUUGUAAUUUUGCUUUCUUUUCCACAGCAGAAGCAGGCAGUUGGCUUUCUUUCUUCCUCCAAGAAGUUCUGACAAAAAUAAUGUGUGCAUAAGUUUAAUUAGUUGACAGCAUAAGCUACAGGCAGUUACUCUUUCUUUAUGUGAUUGUUAUUUCCUUUUUAUGUUAAUUAUUAUUAUUUCAUGUUCAAUGUUUGUUGAAAAUUUUGGCUAUAAACUGGAUGUUUUUGAUGUUAAGACUUUACCAAGUUUUCUUCCAUUCCUUUCGUUUUAACGGUGCGUUUUAAUGAAAGAAAAGAUUUUUUUUCCCUUUUUUAAUAUGUGGGCCUGUUAUCUUCUUCCUUUUACCGUACUUCUCUCUGAGCAAUUAAAAGAAUUAAUGCCGGAAGUGGACGCAUCCGAAGGAUGUGGGUUGCAAAAUUGCAAUUGUAUCGCCUGUGAGGGGCUGAGCGAUGACGCAUCUGGUCAGGAUGGCUGACGGUCCUUUGCGCUCUGGACGCCCACUCUGUUGACAUCGCUAACUAAAAUCUUUUUCUCGUCCUUGGGUGGUCUGAUCUGGAUGAAUGCAAGUGAAGAUCCGACCCAACCUGUCGUCUAGUUGCUGGAUUUUGACGAGAUUAGGGUAGCGGCUGUCGGCACAUAUUCUUUGGCUAGUGAUCUGAUUCAUAGACAGGUAAGAAGCUGGAAUUUUUUUUUUUUU